AUGGACGAAGCAAAAAGGAAGAAGAUGAUGAAGGAAGCCUACCAAAACCCAGACCUGGAAACUUCGUUGUGGGACCGGGUCAUGGCACUCAACGCAGCAAUCGCCGACGACCCAGACUAUCUAGGCCCGGACACCAUCGCCCACCGCGCUGGAAACACAAAGCUACUGAAAGUCGAGCCCGGCCGGACAGAAUGGGAAAUGGACGUCACCCCUGCUCACGCAAAUAAGAGCGGCAAUAUGCACGGCGGCAUGGCUUGCAUCAUCCUCGACAAUCUCACUUCGACGGCAUUGUUGACGCUCGCGAAGCCUGGCUUCCUGGACGCAGGGCAUGUCUCGCGAACGAUCACAAUGAGCUAUCUGAGGCCAGUGCCUAUUGGCGCAAAGAUCAAGGUUGUUGCUGAAGCUGUGGCGGCGGGACGGAAUACGGCCAACUUGAAAGGGGAGAUUCAGAUUGAUGGAAAGGUUUGUGUGACUUGUAUACACGAUAAGGUGGUGUUCAAGAAGGGAGAGGUGCAUCCAAAUCAGAAGCCAAAGCAUAAGGCGAAGUUGUAG